AGCAACUCUACCAGUACUUUAGGUAUUGGAUGGAUUCCUCCAUCUGAUAUGCUACAUUUCCAAAUUGAGUACACGCCUAGCAAAAUUUUAACUAAAAGGUCGAUUUUGUCCUCUACAUUUAAAAUUUUUGACCCACUUGGUCUUUUGUCCCUGUGUACAAUCAAACCCAAAAUUAUUUUACAGGUUCUAUGGACUCUCAAAGUUGACUGGGAUGAGCCCGUCCCUACAGAAAUCCAUAAUUCCUGGUCAAAUUUCACCAAAAACUUAGACUCACUGUCUAACCUUCACAGACCUCGGCGAGUUUUAAUAGAUAAUGCUGUAUCUAUUGAAAUGCACUGUUUCUGCGAUGCCUCACAACGCGCCUAUGGAACGUGCAUUUAUCUGAGGUCCACUAAUUCCAACGGUGAUGUCAACGUCAGUCUGUUGACAGCUAAAUCUCGUGUCGCUCCUAUCCAGCUGAUGACUAUUCCUCGCCUUGAACUUAGCGCUGCUUUGCUUGGAGCUGAAUUAAGCUCAGCAGUGUCACAGGCUCUUCAUCGCAAUAUCGAUCGUCACGUCUAUUGGACAGAUUCAAGUGUCGUACUAGGUUGGUUGAAAUCUAACAAAAAGGCUAAAACAUUUGUUGCCAACAGAGUAUGUGCAAUCCUAGAGCUCACCGAUGCUUCAUCCUGGCGCCAUGUACCUACUUCAGAAAAUCCUGCAGAUCUUGUUUCCCGUGGAGUAGAUCCCCAACAUGUAGGUGGCUCAACUAUUUGGUGGCAUGGACCUGCGUUCCUGAAGGAGUCGGAGUCUUCAUGGCCAUCCUCUGAGUUUUCAGAAGUAAUCAAUUUGCCAGAGUUGAAAGCUAAUCCCGCUUUCGUGGCGGAGGCUGCAUCGUCUUCGAGCGAUGACAAAAUUAUAACUUUUACAAAUUAUUCAAAGCUCGUGCGUCUUCAACGAAUAUUUGCUCAUGUUUUAAGAUUUAUUGAUUCUGUUAAAGAUCCUAAAUCGCAAAGAAAAGGUCCCCUACAAUCAAACGAAUUAGAAAACUCCCUAAGGACCUUAAUAAAAAUGGCUCAGCUAGAGUCCUUCUCAAAUGAGUUAUCCCUAUUAAAGAAAGAUAAACCUGUCCCUCAAGCUAAUGUCGCAUCCCUUAACCCAUUUAUCGACAGCGAAGGUGUUAUGCGAGUUGGGGGUCGUAUAAGCUCAUCUAAUUAUCCCUAUGACAAAAAACACCCCAUUCUUUUAAAGUCAGAUCACCAUCUAACAAAACUGUUAUUCGAGUUAGAGCACGAACAACUAAUGCACGCUGGACCUCAACAUCUCCUCGCCUCUAUGAGAGAGCGCUAUUGGCCAAUCGGAGGUAGAGCACUAGCACGACGCGUCACUCGUCAUUGUUUCGUGUGUCGUCGAUUCAAGGGUCAGACUUUAAACAAUAUCAUGGGGAAUCUGCCCUCUGACAGAGUGGAACCUGACUUUCCUUUCCACACUGUAGGCACUGAUUUUGCUGGACCAUUUCUAAUAACUGAUCGCAAGGGACGAGGCUGCAAAAUAACGAAAUGCUACCUAUGCAUUUUUGUAUGCUUCCGUUACAAAUGUGUCCACCUAGAAGCCGUAAGUGACCUAACAAAGGAUUCAUUUAUUCUCACUCUCUCUAGGUUUAUAAGUCGUAGAGGCAAGCCAAAAACAAUAUGCUGUGACAACGGCCGAAACUUUGUUGCUGCAGCUAAGGAGAUCAACAGUUUUCUAACGUCACAAGCUGACUCUAUAGUUGACUUUGCAGCUCGUCGGGGCAUUGAAUUUCGAUUCUCACCUGCGUACGCUCCUCACUUCGGCGGUCUCUGGGAGGCCGGUGUAAAGUCAGCCAAAUUCCACAUGCAUAGAGUAUUAAAAGACACUCAUUUAACUUUCGAGGAACUGGCGUCUCUAUUUGCUCAAAUCGAAGCUAUCCUAAAUAGCCGUCCCCUAUGUCCAAUCAGUCCCUCACCAAAUGAUCUUUCUCCCCUUACCCCGGGCCACUUUUUGAUAGGCAGGCCACUAACGGCCUCACCAUCUCCGUGUCUACUGGAAGCUAAUCCGAAUCGCCUCGAUCGUUUCCAGCGCCUCGAGCAGUACCGGCAACACUUCUGGAAGCGGUGGUCGAGCGAGUACGUCGCCGAACUCCAGCAGCGCACGAAGUGGAAGACGAGAGCCACGGACCUGCUCCUAGAUGACCUGGUCCUCAUCAAAGAAGACGCUGCUCCCCCCCUGUGCUGGCGGCUCGGCAGAGUCGACAAGCUGUACCCGGGCUCCGACGGCGUGCCUCGCGUCGCCGACGUGCGCACUACCCACGGCACAGUGCGGAGAGCGCUAAAUCGUCUCUGCAUCCUACCUACUCCUCAAGCCAAUGAAUCUUGAAAGCCGAAGCUUUCAAGGGCCGGGAAGAUGUCUACGCCGGUCUUUUAGUUUAACUUAAAUUCAGAAAUUUAAUAAUGUGUGCGUCUUGCAUUAUAUAAAGUAAAUAAUAAAUAUAAAUAAUUAAUAAAACUAGAAUUGUAUAAAUAAAUAAUUUAAAGU